GUCUGUGUAGGGAUAGUGCCUGUAAAGUUCCUUACGUUUAAUAUGCUGGAAACAAUAUUUUCAUAAAAUUUAUCUUCUGAAGUGCGUUAACUCCUUCAUUUCCAAAUGGUGGACAGAUUGGAAGCGGGGAUAGAGAAGAUUUUAGGGGGACUUGCCGUCGAAGAUGAAUCAGCGGCAUAUGUGAAUUACACCCUUGCCGAUCAAAAUGAAGACCUGGUUUCCCGCGGCAUGGAAUCUUUGUCCCUGUCCGAUUACAAGCCGGUGGUCAAGAAAUCCGUUUCGUACAUCGUCACAGCUGUCCUCAUCAACGACCGCAACGAGGUCCUGAUGAUGCAGGAAGCAAAAAGCUCUUGCGCUGGUACGUGGUACCUUCCAGCCGGAAGAGUGGAACCUGGUGAAAAUCUCUUGGAUGCAGUAAAAAGAGAAGUAAUUGAAGAAACAGGUUUGGAAUUUGAACCCACUACUUUACUCUUAGUCGAAUGUGCUCAAGGUCACUGGUAUAGGUUUGUCUUCACCGGAAAUGUUACUGGUGGUGUCCUCAAAACUGUCUCCAGGGCAGAUGCAGAAUCUCUGCAAGCCAGCUGGAUAGACGACCUGAACCAGCUGAGCCUUCGGGCUUGUGAUAUUCUACCUCUCAUCGAACGCGCCAAACAAUUCUAUGCAGAGAAACCCGAAUCCUGGCACCGUCCACUCCUGCCUGCGAUACAUCCCCAUAAACACCUCCUCUUUCGACUGAUCAUUGUCAUUCGGAAGAAAUCAAACAAUAGAAUUCAUAUAUUAAUAUCUGAAAAAGGAAAUGUCCAUUUUCCCACAUGUGAAAUUAACCCUGCAAAAAGCAUACAUUCCACGUUGAGAAAAUAUAUUCAGGUGCUCUUUGGCUCAAACCCUCCCCCACACAAACCCCACGGAAUUAUAUCGGUGGAACAUUCUGCAGAGCCCACUGGGGAACACGAUGGCCUCUGUCUGUCUCUCCUCAUCUCUUGCAAGACGGCCUUGGAAGACGUUGCUGUCUCGUCCAAUUACGCCUGGCUGGAGAUACGCAAGGACCUUGGAGAACGCUUACUGGGGCGACUGAACAAAAACAAAUGCGUUCUUCUCAAUGUGAUCCGAUAG